AUGUCGGAAGGAAAGGACAAGAGCGCCAACCCCAUGCGCGAGCUGCGCAUCCAAAAGCUCGUGCUCAACAUUUCGGUCGGCGAAUCUGGUGAUAGACUCACCCGUGCUGCUAAGGUGCUUGAGCAGUUGAGCGGUCAAACCCCUGUUUACAGCAAGGCCCGCUACACUGUCCGUACCUUCGGUAUCCGUCGUAACGAAAAGAUUGCCGUCCACGUCACCGUCCGUGGCCCCAAGGCCGAGGAAAUCCUCGAGCGCGGCCUCAAGGUCAAGGAAUACGAGUUGAGAAAGCGCAACUUCUCCGAGACCGGCAACUUCGGAUUCGGUAUCAGCGAACACAUUGACUUGGGUAUCAAGUACGACCCUGGUAUUGGUAUCUACGGAAUGGACUUCUACUGCUGCAUGACCCGUCCUGGUGAGCGUAUCGCCAAGCGUAGACGCGCCAAGGCACACAUCGGUUCCAACCACAAGAUCACCCAAGGCGAGACCAUCAAGUGGUUCAAGAACCGCUUCGAGGGAAUUGUCCGAUAA